AUGUCAACAACUGAGGAGCUGGCUGAUGGAUUACUUAUACACACAAUAUCGCACAAGCUCGAUCAGCACACCCAGGAAAAGUGGCAGGAGGCGCUUGCAACGGAUAAGCUACCCAGGGUAUCACAAACACAGGAGCGGACCGGGGGCAUGACCUGGCGUCAUGUACCCUCUCAGCUGAACCCUGCGGACAUUUUAUCACGUGGAUGCACACCUCUGGAACUUAUGGACUCACAGCUAUGGCAUAAUGGACCCCCAUUCAUACAGGCCGCUAGCUCUACUUGGCCUCAAAACGUCGCCUAUCCCUUUGAGCUUCCAGAGCGACGCCAGAAAGCGCUGGUACUAUCAACGAAGACGGACCUAUCGACAUCUUGUAAAUUCAACAACACAUUUGCCAAGUUACAGCCAACACUCCGCCAGCGAUACUGGCCCAUCGGAGGUCUCAAGGCUGUCUCGAACAUCAUCAACAGGUGCGUUCGCUGCUUUCGAAUGCGACCUAAACUUCUGGAGCAAGUCAUGGCCCCGCUACCAGCUGAGCGUGUGCAGCCAAGUCCGACGUUUCACGUAACUGGCAUCGACUUUUGCGGUCCUUUCUACGUAAAAUCAGAGGUCAGCAAUCGCUCACCAACGAAGUGCUACAUCUCAAUUUUUAUAUGCUUUGCAGCGAAAGCAACGCAUUUAGAGUUGGUAGAGGACCUGUCCACGUUCAUCAGCCUUCGAGGGAAACCGCAUACAAUAUGGACAGACAACGCCACAAAUUUCGUGGGUGCUCGCAAUGAGCUGAAGGAACUGCGCGACCUGUUUAUAAGCGAUCCACAGCGCAAUGAAAUUGUUUGCAAUUGCAUAGCACUGGGAGUCAACUGGAAAUUCAUACCGCCCCGUUCGCCACAUUUUGGAGGAUUGUUGGAGGCUGCUGUUAAGUCAGCAAAAUAUCACUUUUACCGCGUCGUUGGAAAUUCUCUUCUCUCAUUCAACGAAUUCCGAACUCUCAUCUGUCAAAUAUCCGCAAUGCUUAAUUCAAGACCGCUUUGCUCUAUUACAGAAAACCCGAAUGAUUUGGAGAUACUCACGCCUGGACACUUCAUCUGGUGCAAAGCCAAUGCCACUAUCAACGAGCCACACAUAACGCACCUAAGCAUAGGUCGCCUCAGCCGUUGGCAGCGAAUAUGUCACAUGCAGCAAUCAUUUUGGAAGAAGUGGAGUACAUCGUAUUUGUCGUUGCUCCAAGAGCGCGGGAAAUGGCGAUCGUCCAAGCAAAAUCUUCAGGCCGGCAGCAUCGUGCUGCUCAAGGAGGACAAUGCACCACCGCUCAGGUGGCCGCUUGGUCGAGUCGACAGCGUCAUCACUGGUGACGACGGCAUUGUGAGAAUAGCAAUUAUUCGUACACAAAAUGGCCUGGUCAAGAGAGCCAUUGCCAAAAUCGCCGUUCUGCCAAUCGAGACCACAUCGGUUGAAAGCUUGUAUCUUCCAACGGGGGCAGCAGAACGCCAUCAAGAUAUAUUAGAUCUCUACCUCUUAAAAUCACGACAUUGA